GCCCUCCACUCCGUCGAAGACCAACUGCACAGCUCUCUCGACGGCGGAUGUUAAAACUUUUAAAUAUAAAAAAUAAUAUUAUUAUUAAUAAAAAAUCAGAAAUGGAAAGACAUGCCAAUGUGCCCACCACGACGGCCGCCGGACCUCGUGGCUUGUAAGCCCGAGCCAGCCUUGCCCGCCUCCCAAGAAUGUUGUCCGAGGCAAAGGCCUGUGCCUCCGCCCUCCACCGGCGGUCGCCGGUCAAACUCCUCGCCGUCGCCCUCUUCGUCGCCCUCUUCCUCUGGGCCAUCGACGCACUCUCCGUAUCCAUUACCGCCACCACCUCCUCUUCCUCCUCCGUCUUCGUUUCCGUUUCAUCUGCGACCGAGGCGCUGUCACUUCCGGCUCAGCCGACCACCGCCGCUGCCGCGGUCGCGUCCCGAAGCUUGCAGUUCCUCAGCUGGAUCUCCGCCCCUUCAACCCCCAAUUUCACCCGCACCCUCAUCUCCCGCUGGCAGGCUCCGGGAGGCGAGCCUUGCCGCGACUCCCGCACCACCGACAUCUCCGUUCCCGGCCUCGACCACCGUCACGUCGUCGAGCUGCCCGCCGGGGAGACCCACGAGUUUUCGAUCUCAGCUCUGGGCGACGGCGGCAGUUCGCGCUGUGUCGGCGGCGACUACUUCGAGACGGACCUCUCUGGUUCUUCCUGGAAGUCGCGGCCGCCUGUGGUAGACCACGGAAACGGUUCUUACUCCUUCCAGCUCCAAGUUCACCCCGAUUUUCCCGGCGAGUAUAACCUAACCAUCGUGCUGCUCUUCCGGAGCUUCGAGGGGCUCAAACUCUCCCCUUUGCGCUUCAAGUACAAUCGACAGAUGAGGAAGUUCCAGAUCCGGUUCCGCCGAAGCAGCGUUCUACUUCAGCCGCUCCACCUCUGCCGCAGCGGCGACUUCUCCCGACCGGUCUGGUCUGGGCGGUGGACGCGGCACGCCGAGAACGACAGCUGCGGCGUGGACGGCGAGGGGCGGUACCGCUGCCUCGACCCUAGCCUCCUCUGCCCCGAACCGUGGUGCGAGGGGCCGUUGGCCGCACUGGAGAGCAAUGGCUGGGUCUACUCCGCUCACUGCCGUUUCAGGGUGUUUACACAGGAAUCGGCGUGGAGAUGCCUCCGCAACAAGUGGCUCUUCUUCUGGGGGGACUCCAAUCACGUCGACACCAUCCGCAAUCUGCUCAAUUUCGUGCUCGGACGAACGGACAUUGACUCCGUGCCCCGCCGAUUCGACGCCAAUUUCACCAAUCCGGCGAAGGGUUCGGAGUCGGUGAGGAUCACCAAUGUCUUCAACGGGCACUGGAACGAGUCGAUGAACUACCUCGGCUUGCAGUCGCUUCGAAACCAGGGGUUCAGGGACCUCGUCUUGGAGUUCUUCCAAGGCCCGACCGCACCGGACGUCAUGCUCUUCAACUCCGGUCUCCACGACGGCAUCUACUGGCGGAGCGUCCGGGCCUUCGCGCAAGGCGCCGAGUACGCGGCCGAGUUCUGGGAGCAAGUGAUGGGGCAUGUGGCGCGACGCACGGCCAAUGCGCCAAGGAUAUUCUACCGGACGACGAUCGCCGCCGGCGGGUACGCCAGGGAGCUCGCAUUCAACCCGAGCAAGAUGGAGGCUUUCGAUGGCGUGCUGCUGGAGAAGUUGAAGGGCAGGGGGCUGAUCACCGGAGGAGUGAUCGACGAGUUCGACAUGAGUUUCCCGUGGCACUUCGAUAACCGAUGCAAUGACGGCGUGCAUUACGGCCGAAAGCCGGCGAAGGCGCGGUGGCGCGAUGGAGAAGUGGGACACUAUUAUUUUGUGGACUUGAUGCUGGUUCACGUUCUCCUCAACGCCAUAUGCCAUGUGUGAGCUAUGGAUCGACCAGCAUUCUCUCGUCAACAGAUAGAUCACUAUAAUUAAUGAUAUUUAAUUAAUGCUCUAACUCAUCAAGCGAAAUUGUGCAAAAUGAAGUUUUCAUUUAUCAUGAGGAUAAAUAUUGAUGCGGUGAUAUAUAA